AUGGAAACAACAAGUCAAGCGUCAACAAAUUUCAAGGAAUUUCAGCAGGUAUUGCAAAGGGCUCGCAAUAAUACGGCGCCCGAGCACAAUGCAACACUCUCCAAAGACACCGUGAUAUUCCCCGAGGGGACAGAAUCACUCACAGGGCCCAUUAUACUAUUAUCAUUACGCCAGACUAUCCAGUGGGAUGAGCAGUUACGACGCAAUGUUGAGCACCUGGAUAUUCCAAAUCAAGAUUGGACAAUUCGGGAAACUUACAACCAUGAUGAAAAGCCAAGGGCAUGGGUCUGUUACCUAACGGCGAUCGACAGGUUGGGAGCCAUGGUGAGUGAACGACUCGAGAUACGAGGAUCAGCUUCGGAUUUACGAUUCUUUUAUGAAGUAGACGACGAGACCUAUGCUUCGUCAUCUCAACAAUCCGACUUGGACUUGAUUUUUAAAUACGAGGACUAUGAAUUUGACGGUGCGCAAAGUUUCACUGUCAAAUCGAAACACUUCAAGAAUCUAUUCCAUCAAAGCGACGCUAUUUCCCAUAAGAUCGAGAGUACAUCAUCUUUGACGUUUAAACAAAUCCUCCAGGCUGUGUUGAGCUUUGUGGACUAUAUCUUCCCUGACGCUGGAGAAAUCCAACAGGAGGCACGUCGGACUCGCCAGGUCCCUUUCUCGCAUGUCUGGACGUUAUUCCGUCCUGGAGAUAUUGCUUAUGAGAAACGCACUAUCCCGCCCUUUCAUCACAUUUACGAGCAAUGCUUCAGUAUUUAUAAAGUCGAGGAGUCGGUUAGUCGAUACGAUGGUACUAAAGUACUUUGCCUAUCAUUGGCGGAAAUCGUCUACUCAAACAGCAUGUCAGACACGCCUGGUCCAAGGAUGGCAUGGACAACUCGACACAUAAGACAAUAUGACGGUUCGAAAGAUAUCACCACUGAAGAUUUAGGAAUCAUACCCUUCAACAUGAUCCCCACAGAAGAAAGGAUAUCCAUUCAGGCCAGGCUCAUACAAAGAGGACGACGGGUUCUGCAGAUUUCAACAAUGCCAUUUAGCUUCUGGAACUACAAUGGGCCAUAUGGAAUUGUGCACCAGGUAGUAGGACAAGGUACAAUGGAGGAAGCAAGACUCUCUUCCCGAGAACGCCAAUGGCAGAAACAUACCCAUGAGAACAUAGUAAUUGAUGUGGCUACUUCAACUCGCCACUAUGCAGAAAGGUUCGAUGGACGGAUCAGCGGCCUGCACGAUGUCGAAUAUGACAUGGAAGAGCAGCUACCAUGGAUUUUGCCACAAAUCGAUGUUAGUGAUCGCUUUGCAGAAGACGGCGAAUCCAAUAGCGAAACUUCCCUCUUCUUCUGCCAAGGAUACCUGCCAGGCUAUCUACUAUCAUCUAGAGUAUACGCAGUCAGUCUUCUAGUCUCAGAGCUGCGUCAGCCGGUUUGGGAACCAUGGAACCCAUUAGCGCCAGCAGCGUUACUAAUGCCGGACAUGACUUCGUGGCGUGCUUUGGUGCACAAUUUUAUGGAAGGGAGCAAAGGGGCAGAAGUAGAUUUGGGACGACGCCAGGCACACGGAUCUGGUCUUGUGUUGGCACUGGAAGCGCCGAGAGUUAUAGCGAGAUCGAUGGCGAAUCAGAUCUCAGGAGACCUUGGAAGACCUCUGGUCGUCAGCAACCCACUUGAUGGUGAUCAGUCACUAAGUGAGGUUAUGAAAGCAGCAUUGCGGUGGGGAGCGAUACUGAUGGUUGACAUGAGGAAUACCCCUACAGAACAGCAAGCUGCCAUGGUUACAUGA